GUGGCAGCCGUGUACAUGUGUAGAGGUGCUGCGGGACAAACAAGAGGCGGCAGAGAGCGUGAGAUGUUGUCCUUCAGUGUUCGCGUGGCCGUGGUGGCCCUACUGGCGGUGGCAGUGGUGGUGGAGGCCGAUCCCUCCCCCACCUAUCCCUACAAGCCGUGCUACCCCCAAACCGUCACCGUGACCAAGGUGGAGACGACGGUGAAGGAGGUGCCCGUGUACAAGACGCUCAUUCAAAUCAAGACGGAGACCAAGACCUCCACCGCCACCAAGACCGAGACGGAGACGGAGACAGUGAAGGUCAUCCACUCCGGCCACCACAGUCACGGAUACAAGUACGGCCGCUAGAGGACGAGGCGGCGAGGCGGCGAGGCGGUGCAGCUGGUGGAGCAGGUGGAGGCGCCACCGGUCCUCUGUGUCUGUCCUUUUCCUUGCGUGGCUGCUCUUAUCAUCAAGCCAUUUGGGAUGUGAAGAACGAAAACUUUGAAUAACUUUUGCUUACAGAAUACUCAGUUUCAUGUCUUGAUUCAGCAAUAAUCUGUGGGCAUUGUACUAGAUACACAUUCAAGAUAAUAGCUAAUCUUUAAUCCACCUUCUUACUUGUACAUGCUUUAUUCACAUCCCAUAUAUGUAAUACCGCACUCCUAUAGUCCCGCUACGGAGGUGAUGAGAGCCACGCCUUCCUUCAGAGGGAGGAGAAAGGACCUUAGUGAUUCUCAUGUAUCAAUAAAGUACUCAAUAAUCAUCUAAAGCAGUCAA